AUGCGCGGCGGCAGCUCCGACGCCAUGGUCGACAGCUCCGACCUCCUCCGGCUCGCCGGCAUCAUCGACGAGCAGGGCAACGCGCAGCCCGAGCCCAUGUUCGAGGACAUCGACGCGACGGACCACGCGACGAUGACCGUGCCGCCCGCGCCGCUCGGCCCGCGCGUGGCGUCCGUCGGCUUCGACGACCCCGGCGCGCUCCACGAGGUCUUCCUCCGGGAUCCCUCCGACGGCUUCGGCUACCCAUCCCCGCCGGACGCCAUGGCGCUCGACGACGACGCCGCCGCCGACGACGACGACCCCGACGCGCUCGAGUUCCUCCUGCAGUCGGGCAUCGUCGACGGCCAGUCCGUGGCGGUGUCCAUGCUCGACGGCGACGUCGUCGCGAUGACCGAGCCGCGGGGCGCGCCGUCCGACGACAAGCACGUGCCGUCCGUCGGCGAGAAGCGCGAGGCGCCCGGCGGCGACGCCGCGCGCCGCCGCAAGGCCGCGAAGAAGGCGCCGGACUCGCCCGUGGUCGUCAUCCAGAAGCAGCCGCCCGAGCCCUUGGCCGACGGCAUGUCCGACGGCGAGCGCGCGCCGCCCGGCUCCUCCGACGACGACUCCGAGGACUCGAGCGAGGACUCGGACGAGGACUCGGACUCCGACGACGACGAGGUCGUCGUCGAGGAGUUCGACGACGACGAGGUCGUCGUCGAGGACGUCGUCUUCGAGCGCAUGGCCGAGUCCUACGGCGCCGACGCGGCCGCGUGCGUCGCCGCGGCGCUCGCGGAGUGCGAGAUCCACCAGAUCGAGGACUGCUUCGACGCGAACGGCAAGGUCAAGGCCGCCGUCCGCCUCCUGGCCAAGGCGGUCUCGGCGCAGGCCGGGAAGACGCCGCUGUCGCCGGUGUUCGCGAAGUCGGCGGUCGUCGGCAACGUCACGGACUGGGACACGAAGGCGCGGCCGGGCUCGCGCAGCAAGAGCUGGCAGGGCGGCCCGAACCAGAACGGCGUGCCCAUGAAGAACCUCAAGUCGCCGGCGCCGCAGCGGCGGCUGCUCGCGACGCGCGCGAUCGAGGAGUGCGUCGAGCAGACGCUCGCGGCCGUCGGCGCCGACGGCGUCGACUGGACCAGCAACGGCACGAAAAAACUCAACCUCGCGACGCACUGCUUCGCGAAGAUGCGCGGCGGCGGCGGCGGCAAGAGCAAGCGGAACAUGGAGAUGUUCGAGCGGACCGUGUUAGACCUCCUCAUCCAGCUCGCGCCGAUCUUCGGCCUGCGCAUCUCGCGCGUCCUCCUGCACUUCUACGCCAAUCACCACCUGCUCACCUGGCACCAGGACGGGGUGAAGGAAGCGGUCUUCCGCAUCCUCGCGGCCUACGCCCGCCUCCCCAAGGGCCUCGCGGAGGCGCCGACGAGCUUCGGCAAGAACAGCAAGACGUGCGCGCGCGUCACGCUCAUCGAGCCGACGGCCGCGGUCAUGUUCCGCUGCGACGAGCUGGAGAUGGACAACGUCGUGGACCCGGAGCUCCACGAGGCCCAGGGCCUCGUCGGCGACGCGCCGGCGGCGAACCGCCUCCACGCGCGCGCGACCGCGCGGCUCAUGCUCCUGGCCAAGCUCAUCGCCGAGACGGACCGGACGUCCGAGGGGACGUUGCUGCUCGACGUGCAGGAGGCGACGAAGCCGCGGACCAUGACGGACGAGCAGGCCGAGGCGCAGACCGCGGCCCUCUUCGAGCUCGUCGAGACCAUCGCGACGGCGCUCGCGCGGCCGUCGACGGUGCUCGAGGCACUGUCGUUCGACGACGCCCACCGGGCGCUCGUGGCGCAGCACCAGGGCGGCGUCCGCCUCGGGCCGACGGAGGAGGAGACGCGCGCGGCGGCGGAGCGCGCGGCGGCGGCGGAGCGCGCGGCGGCGGCGGAGCGCGCGGCGGCGGCGGAGCGCGCGGCGGCGGCGGAGCGCGCGCACGCCGCGGCGCCGCGCCGCGUCUAUUCGUCGUGGGCCGACGAGAACAAGGAGAACAUCGAUCCGCGCGACGGCAAGGACGGCGGCGACGGCCCAACGAAGCGCGGCGCCGGCGCCACGCCCAAGAAGAAGCCCGCCGCGCUGGCCUUGAAGCCCCGCGCGACGCCGCUGCGCCUCCGCAGCGGCAGCCCCGCCGCGCCGCCGCCCGCGGGCUCGCCGCGAUCCGUGCUCGACGCGGGCGCCGCGGCGUCCGCGAAGCCGCGGCCCCGGUCCUUCGACGACGCGCCGGAGGACGACGAGCAGCCCGCGGCGCUCCCCUUCGCCAUCUUCGACGACGAGGCGCGGGACGCCGCCGCGCCGGCGCUCCUCCUCGCCACCAUGAUGGGCAGCCGAAUCGCGUGCGCCGCGGCGCUCAUUCUCGCGUGCGCGGCGGGGGAGCCGAACGUGACGGCGCUGCUGGACCUCGUCGAGGUGGCGGCGAUCACGAAGAACGCGACGCGGCUCGCCGCCUUCGAGGACGCCCUCGCCGACGUGAAGGCGCAGCGCGACGUCGCCGACGACGACGAGUACAUCGCGCUGCUCCGGUCCGCGGCGUCGGGCAACGCGACGGCGCUCUUCCACCUCGCCAAGUUCUUCUGCGCGCCCUUCGGCGGCGCGCCGCCCGCGCCGCCGCGGUGCGAGCGGCUGUUAAGGGUAGCGGUCGACGCGAUCGACGGCCCCGAGAUCCCGCGGUCGGAGCUCGGCAACUUCGCGCUCCGCGCCCGCGGCAAGCUCUUCGAUGCCUACGCCGACGGCGCGCCGGGCGAGGUCGAGUUCUACCUGGCGACGCACUACGACCGGUUCACGCCCUGGUGGGCGGAAGAGCGCGCGGCGGGCGCCGGCCGGUGCCUCGCGGCGAACGAGGCCGCGGCGCGCCACUGGUACACCAAGGCGGCCUUCCGGGGCCACGGCGCCGCGGCCUUCCACCUCUUCUUCAUCUUCGAGACGCGCGCCAACCAGACGGAGGAGUCCAGGGCGCUCGCGACGUACUGGCUCGACGUCGCGAACGCGACGGGCGGCACGUCGUCGAGCGUCUUCUCGAACUCGCGGACCCAGAGCUCGGGGAAGAGCGUGGGCGACGACGCGACGAACUGGCCGAGCUUGACGUACGUCGCGCCCAACCGCUCGCUGAACUUCCGCGCGAAGCGCGGCGCGAGCUCCGGCGGCACGUUCUCGCGCGCCCAGGCGAGCAGCGGCUCGGCGAAGGCCGCCGCGGCGCCGUCGCCGCCGGCGCGCUGCGCCGCCGUCGCGGCCUCGACGAGCGUCGCCGCGGGCGGCGGCGACGGGAGCUCGCUCGACAGCUCGACGAGCGUGUCGACGACCGCGCGCUGGCCCUGGAACGUCCGCGCGGCGGCGGCGCGCGGGCCCGUCUCCUGGGCGAUGCGCGCCGCCUCGGCGGCGAGCGUCUGCGCGCCCGCGAGGAAGGCGCUCGCGUCGAAGGCGGGCGCCGCCGCGUCGCCGGCCGUCGUGGUGGUGGUCGUCGAGAGAGGGCUCGAGCGCAGCGGCUUUGCACCCGCGCCGCUCAGCGAAUACGCGGAGAUGCGCAACGAUCUCAGUGGCUGCAUGGGCCGCAUCCUGACGGACGACGCGCCGGCGUCGUCUCGGUACAAGGGCUGGGUCGUGAGACUCGAAAUCGUCGAGUUCGUCCGGUCGGGGCUCGGGCGCCGCGGCGGUCCGACGGAGACUCCGUGA